AUGACUCAUUCGAUAUUCAUAAACUCCCAUAACAAAAAUACCAACAACACAGAACGUAGUUUACGUCUACCCUCGUUUUCUCAAAUAGAGAAAGAAAGUUUACAGUCGCAUAAGAUGCAGAAAAAUUUAGACGAUAGUUUUCUCAUCAAACCUACCCUUUCACUCAACCAACAACACAAUGGAAAUGUUUUCAAUAAUAAAGAACAUCAACGUUCAAUAAAUGAACCUCGUAAAUCUGCAUUUACUCCUUACUUCUCUUUACCUCCAAUUUCUCCAUUAUCUCCUAAUACGAAUAAUUCAAACUAUUCGCGAAAUCAAGAAUAUCAAAUUAGCCCAUCAAUUUCUUGGUUUCCAAGAAUGAAAAAUUCAAAUUCAUCAUUAAACCAUCUUGGAUUCUUGCCAUCCGUUCCAUUAAUUACCAAGACUUCAUCAUAUCCUUUCCGAAAUGAAUUUCAAGCAAAACCCGAAUCCAGAUUAUUCUCUGUAUAA